CCCACUUAAUAUAAUCUCGAUUCAACAAACCGAAAGUGAUGGACUAAAAAAACAGGAAGAUUUUUCAUCGACAUGUACAGGACAGGAUCAAGAGUGAAAAGGGAAAAAUCACGCGACAGGAUUUCACAUAUGUUAAGUGUUAAGUUUUGGCUGGAGGGUGCUGAUGUCUGGAUAUACUUGAUGUGGCAUUUUCAGAUACAGCUUGCUUUCGUGCGAUAUUAAAGAUAGCUAUGGAGGAAAAGAAGAGACGGAGAACAUCGUCUCCAGAACCCAGCUGCGUGUCUGUGAAGAGCAUGGACUCCAUGUAUCAACCUCCUGAAUUCAGUGAAGAUUCGGUGCCCUUUGACCCCAGGAAGCAGAUUACAGCAGCAUCUUCAGAACCCAGCUGCUUGUCUCUGAAGAGCACUGACUCCAUGUAUCAACCUCCUGAAUUCAGAGAUAGACCAGCGGCUUUUGACCCCAGUGUGGAGACACGUGCUCGGUCCAAAUGUGGAUCAAAUGUGGAUCGUUUCGAUGAUUCUGUUCCCCGCUACAUGAUUUCAGUUGUUGCUGUGCAUAAAGAGAAAUACAAAACAAACAUGAAGAGCAAAUAUGAAAGCUUGUUUGAGGGAAUUCAGUUACAAGAGAAUAAAACCUUCUUGAACAGCAUUUACACACAGCUCUUCAUCAUAGAAGGAGAGAGUGAAAAGGUGAAUAAAGAGCAUGAGAUCUUAGAGAAGGAGAAAAAUUACAAGAUGUUUCAAGAGACUCCAAUCAACUGCAAUGACAUCUUUGAACCACUACCAGGACAUAAGAAGCAGAGAGGAGAUGUAAUCAAGACCGUUCUUACUAAAGGAAUCGCUGGAAUUGGAAAAUCUGUCUCUGUGCAGAAGUUCGUUCUGGACUGGGCCGAGGGAAAAGCAAAUCAGGAUGUAGAUUUCAUGUUUGUGCUUUCACUUCGAGAGCUGAACUUGAUUAAAGAUCACCAAUACAGUUUUUACAAACUUCUACUUGUUUUCCAUCCUGAACUUCGGGAUCUGGACUCAGAGAUUCUUGAGGAGUGUAAAGUUGUGUUCAUCUUUGAUGGCCUGGAUGAAAGCAGAAUUACACUGAUGUUUUCAGAAAUUGAGAGCGUUUGUGAUGUGAAUGAGUCUUCAUCAGUGGGUGUGUUGAUGUCAAGCCUCAUCAGAGGAGAUCUGCUUCCCAGUGCUCUCGUCUGGAUCACCUCCAGACCAGCAGCAGCCGGUCUGAUCCCCUCCAAAUACAUCAACCGUCUGACAGAAAUUCAGGGCUUCAGUGAUCCUCAGAAAGAGGAAUAUUUCAGGAAGAGAAUCGGUGAUGAGCAUCAAGCCAGCAGAAUCAUCUCACACAUUAAAAGAUCAAGAAACCUCCACAUCAUGUGUCACAUCCCUGUCUUCUGCUGGAUCUCAUCCACUGUGCUUCAGGACCUCCUGAAAGAGGAUCUUGGUUCAGACAUCCCUCAAACUCUGACUGAGAUGUACAUACAGUUCCUGCUUAUCCAAACAAAUAUAAAAAAACAGAAGUAUGAUGGGACAGAUCAGAGAGAUCCAGAGAAACUCCUUCAGUCUAACAGAGAAGUGAUUGUGAAACUUGCUGAACUGGCUUUCAAACAGCUGAUGAAGGGCAAUGUGAUGUUCUAUGAGGAGGACCUGAUUGAGAGCGGCAUAGACGUCACUGACAUCACAGUGUAUUCUGGGAUAUGCACUGAGAUCUUUAAGGAGGAAUCUGUGAUUCAUCAGAGAAAAAUCUACUGCUUCAUACAUCUGAGCUUUCAAGAGUUUCUGGCUGCAUUUUAUGUCUUUUAUUGCUUUGUAAAAAAUAAUUCAGAGUUUCUUUUUUUUGACUUGGUUCCUAAUUUUCAUAAAGGAGUUAUUGAUACAGCUCUACAGAGUGACAAUGGACACCUGGAUCUUUUCCUGCGCUUCUUGCUGGGCAUCUCACUGGAGUCCAACCAGAGACUCUUAAAGGGUCUGCUGACACACACCGAGAAGAGCUCUGAGAGCAUCAGGACAACUACAGCUUACAUUAAAGACAAAAUCAAACAGGAACAGGGUCUCUCGGCUGAUAGAUCCAUCAAUCUUCUCCUCUGUUUGCUGGAGAUGAAGGAUCAGACUCUGGUUCAAGAGAUUCUGGAGUUCAUGAAAUCAGACAAAGACUCACAGAAUAAACUUUCUCCGUCUCACUGCUCAGCGAUCGCCUACAUGCUCCAGAUAUCAGACGAAGUUCUAGAGGAGCUGGACCUCAAGAAAUACAACACAUCAGAUGAAGGCAGAAGAAGACUGGUACCAGCUGUGAUGAACUGCAGAAAAGCACUUCUUAACGGCUGUAAUCUCACAGAUCAGUGCUAUGAAACUGUGAUAUCAGUUCUACAAUCAUCAGAUUCAGUCCUGAAAGAGCUGGACUUGAGUGACAAUGACCUGCAGGACACAGGUGUGAAGCUUCUCUGCGCCGGACUGAAGAGUCCAAACUGUCGGCUGGAGAUACUGAGGUUAUCUGGCUGUAUGGUGACAGAGGAAGGCUGUUGUUAUCUGGCUUCAGCUCUCAGUUCAAACCCUUCACACCUGAGAGAGCUGGAUCUGAGCUACAAUCACCCAGGAGAAGCAGGAGUCCAGAUGCUUUCUGCUUUGUUAGAAAAUCCAGACUGCAAACUGGAGAAACUCAAUUGUGGCAGUUGUGGAGAUUUCAGAAGAAAAUAUGACUGUGAUCUCACUCUGGAUCCAAACACGGCAAACACCCGUCUCCUUCUGUCUGAUGGAUACAAAAGAGCAACGCGAAUGGAAGGUGACCAGCCAUAUCCUGAUCAUCCAGACAGAUUUGAGGAGCAAGAGCAGGUUCUGUGUAGAGAAGCUCUGCCUGAACGCUGUUACUGGGAGGUUGAAUGGAGUCGAGGGGCUUACAUUGCAGUGACCUAUAAAGGAAUAAGAAAGAAAGGUGGGAGUGACUGUAGAUUUGGGUGGAAUGAUAUAUCGUGGAGUCUUUUCUGUACUUCUGAUAGAUAUAGUGCCUGGCACGAUAACAGUAACAUAGAUAUACAUGUCCAAUCAAACCCGUCAACCAGAGUAGCAGUGUAUCUGGACAGACUGGCCGGCACUCUCUCCUUCUACAGUGUCUCCAACACACACACGCUCACACACAUACACACAUUCAACACCUCGUUCACUGAACCGCUCUACGCUGGGUUUGCAGUUUAUGGAUCGGUGCUUCUGUCAGGGUAAACAGUCUCCUGUUAUUAACCACACAAACACCGCAUGCAGCUGUUUUUAUCUAAGUAAUUACUAGUUUGACUAGUUUGACAGCAGCAUGUAGCGUCGGAUUUCAACCACACCUAGCUUCAGUAAUGUUUUGUAGGACACUGUCUGAAGUUUGGAGGUCUGGAACAGUAUGAUGAAUAUAAUAAUUGGACUUUCUUAGGAUGUAGCGUGUCAUUUAUGAUGAAUAUACAAGGCUCAAUGACAAGGACUGCCCGAUGGACAGGAGCGAGGUCUUUCUUUCACUUCCAUAGUAAAAAAACUUAUUUUUUUUAUGCGUGUUGCAUUUAUACAGAGCAAACAGUUUGUGUGUAGAUAUACAAAAUCAAAGGAUUUAGAUUAGAAAUUAUUCAUAGUACCUGAAUAGUUAAAAAGCUAGGGUCUUGUUCACUCAUUUGCUUAUGUAUGUAUAUAUAUAUAUAUAUAUAUAUAUAUAGGCAAAAUAUAUUUGUGUGUGUGUGUGUAUACACACACACAUACAACAAAUACUAGAAAUAUUUAGUGAUAAAUUCUGUUAUUGUAACGACAUUCCUACUUUCCUUAAUCAAAUUCAAAAGUUUAUUUUUAUAUUGAAGGAUCCUUCAAUCCUCACAUGCAAAUUGUUUGUGUUGUGUUUUUUUUAUUAAUUUAUAAUUAUUUAUUUACAUAAUCAUGUUAUAAUCAUUAGUUAUUCAUAUGAUUUAUUAUUACAUAAUUUAUUCAUACUUUUAUUAAGUGAUUUUCGUAGUGAUAGUUGCAUCUUGAUGGCACCAUAUUUCAAGGAACUAUUGGAUUAUAUUGUAUUCAAGGAAUUCAGGGAAUUAGCAUGAGAUACUUAAAAAACAGACCCUUAUGACUUGAUUUGUAGUCCAUGGUUACAUAUAUAAAUGAGGGUAUCACUUACAAUUUAGUGGAAUAUAUCCCGUCUAAAAUAAAAGAGGAAAUCAUGCAUUGAAUAGGUGCUCACAACAACAAAAAGCGUAUGUUCUAUAUAGGACUGUAGUAACAAUGUAAUCUUUUUGUGCUGUAUUCACAUUGCUGUCGUUGUUACAUUACCUAUCAGGAGUUGUGUGGCAUCAAUGUCAAUCAUAAAUCUUCUCCCAUGGCCUCAUGGGAUAAUAAAUCAUCCACUGUAUGCACGCUUCAGGUGACCUUGGUAUAUUUUGCCUACUCUUGUGUGAAUGCAGGCAUACUUCUUUUGUUACAUGUGAAUUCGGUUACAGCCACUAACUAGCCUAGAACUCCUGUUGCCAUAGAAACUGUCAGUGUCCUGAGAUGCACGAUUAAGACUUGCACAUUUGCUGGAUUAUCCUGAAAUAUAACAUUUGAGCACAAGAAACAUAAGUUAAUUAUAAGUUAAUGAUUUCAGAUCUUGUUGCUAAAAUGCGUUAAAUUUGAAUGAACAAAAACAUAAUUUAAAAUAUUUUAUCAAGCUUGCUCCUCAUUCACCGUAUUUUUAGAUUUACUAGAAUCUUAAAAGAAUUGUUUGGCUUCGUUAAUUUGUGCACAGUAAUAGAUCGACAUUUUCUCUGUUUGGGGAUUAAAGGCUGUUAAAAAGCAUUAACAUUGUUUUUAACUUCAUGUAAUAACACUUAUUGAAAUUGCUUCUGGUCAGACUGAGCCUAGACAUUACAUAGGUUCAAUAAACUCAUUUUCAAACAGCA